UUGGUUGUUAUUGCCGGAAGGGGUUUCCCAGACGCAUGCUGUACGAUUAGAGCACGUUUUCGGAAGAGUGGUCAGUUAAAUAAACAGAUAUGGUUGUUUUAACAACUUUUCCUGCUCCUUCGGAGUUAAUCCGACACAAAGAAUGUGACACCGUCGUCAAUAUUGACGGGACAGAAUUCGGAAACGGCACGCUUUACAUAACUGAAACUGUUGUAGCCUGGCAAAAUGUUGAAGGGAAAGGUUUCUCUCUGAAUUAUCCGAAGAUCAGUCUGCAUGCAUUGUCAAGAGACACUUCAGCUUUUCCUCAGGAAUGUUUGUACUUGAUGGUAGAAGGUAAACUACCAGAAGUAGCUGACCCCUCAGAACGACAGGACAGUGAUGAGGAGGAGGAAGAGGAGGAUCAGAGUCAGAUCAUCACAGAAGUACGAUUUGUUCCCUCGGAUAAAACAUCAUUACAGACAUUGUUUUCCUCCAUGUCCGAUUGUCAAGCCCUACACCCCGAUGAACAAGAUACAGAUUCAGAAGCUGAGGAAGAGGAGGAGAUGGUAUAUUACCAUGGUGACGAGGGAUAUGAUCACUUGACACAGCAGGGACAGGCUACAUUACAGCACCUAGAGAACCUGCUGAUCUCUGGCCAGGGUGAUGGUCAGGCUAACGGUCAAGUACAAAAUGGCACACCUGUCACAUCAGAACAAUUUGAAGAUGCUGAUGAGAUGGACCAAUAAUGUUUUACUGCCAGUGGGAGGAGAGAUCAGUGACCUUGACAUUGCCUUUUAGAAGGUCAAGAAACCUUAAUCUUCUUUACUGAGGAGAUGGGCAGUAACCUUGUACUUGACUGAAUGGACUGGUAACCUUGACAUUGGCUAUUGAAGAAAUGGACUAGUGACCUUGACAUUGGCUAUUGAGGAAUGGAUCUGUAACCUUGACCUUGGCUAUUGAGAUGGACCAGUGGCCUUGACAUUGGUCAUUGAGGAGAUACAUUGGCUAUUGAGGAGAUGGAUUUGUAACCUUGACCUUUGCUAUUGAGAUGGACCAGUGGCCUUGACAUUGGUUAUUGAGGAGAUUGAUCAGUAACUUUGACCUUGGCUAUUGAGAUGGACCAGUGGCCUUGACAUUGGUUAUUGAGGAGAUUUACCAGUAACCUUGACCUUGGCUUUUCAAGAAAUGGACCAGUAAACCUCAGUAUUUGCUGCAAUAUUAAGGUUUUAAAAGUUAAUAAUGAAUCUCAGAAAAAUAUGGAAAUGAAUGGGAUUUGCCUGAUUUCCUUUGUUAGCGAGUGAUUGAGAUUCAACAAAUCCUGGAUAAUGGUUUCUUUGUCAUUUUGGAGAGUAUGUUUAUCCAGGCUUUAAUCUAUUUAGGAACCCAAGCUUUGACAAUAUUUCUUCUCAUUUCAACAUAAGGGACUAGACCAUACAAGGACUACCUAACAGGAUGUGUAAGCCAGGAAGUUGGAGAUUAUCCUGUACAAGUCAAUAUACAUAAUGGCUGUUGAUCUUCGAACUGUCGUGCGAUGAUAAGAUAACUAAGUAACAGGAUGUGCAGGAGAGGAAAUUGGGAGAUUUUCCUGUACCAGUCACAAUACACCAUAUAGCUGUUGAUCUUUGAAGUGUCUUGCUAGAGAGCUAAAGAAAGACUUGGCAUCCUUGCGGGGCGGUGAAGUUAGGAGCUCAUACAUUAGGUUACCUGUAUUUGUUUGGUAGAUAUACAUAUAUAUUUCUGUUGAUGUAGGACUUAUAAGUGCUAUUGAUCUACUUCUUAUUAUCACCUUCAUUUGAUUUAAACUCGAAGGUUUCAACAUUAUUUGUAAUCUGUAUUAUACCUGGCUUCAGUGAAACAUGUUAAAAAUGUGCAAGGUGUAAUAUGGGUUUGCUAUGGGAAAAAAUACCCCACCUACCUACGAACAAAAAUACAAACCCUUGCCAGAGGGUGGGGAACUUGAAAAACUUUGUCUGCAGCCUGAUUAGUUUAAUAUGCCAUAUCUACAAGUCUACAGCUCUUACUUUAAGAUUUUUGUUUUGUUUUGUAUUGUUUUAAUUUGUGGCCCAUCAGCAAUUUGAGUCAUUUACUGGUUGGGCCAUUUAAAUUUAGGAUCAAACAUUUCAUUGUGAAAAUGCCAAUUGAAACACUGGUUUUAACAUACAGUACUGGUUUUAACAUACAGUACUGUACAAACAUGAUGUUGGCGUUUUUGGGCCUCUGUUCAAUGUUUGAUUUAUUGAAUGAAAAAAAACCCCAACUCUACAUGAUCAUUCCUGUUCACCAUCAUUUCAUUGUGAGAGAUCCAACAUUUUAAUUUACUUGUCAUGACCAUUUUCUUCUGAAGAUAUUUGCUUGAGAGAGAGAGAGAUGAGAGAUAGAAGACAGAAAGAGAGACAGAAAGAGAGAGAAGAGAGAGAGUGAGGAGAAGAAGAGUGACUUGGACAUUAUUAUUCAUCGUAUUUUUGGUUGUUUAUUGAUAAUAAAACCUAUUUCUGAGAA